AUGAGCAUUGUGGCCUCAAAGUUGAAGUUUGCGCUAACGCUACUUGUCCCUUUCAGGCAUGAGUUCGAAGUGCCUAGGACAGCUGACUCUGUAGCGGCGCACCUGGAUCACUGGAAGGAUGAGUUGUCGGAGGCUGCGCAGACCACUACGACGUACCAGAAGCUUCCCCCGGCCUACCUGUCCAAGACGCGUUUUGGUCGGCUGCAAGUGGUCUUCACGUCAGAAGAUGAUGUCUAUUUCGUCAGGCAGCGGAAGAUCGAGCAUGUCACGCUUCAGAGGGUGACGCUGGAGCUGGGGUGGCAAUUCCCGGAAGACUCGACGUAUAUCCUGCUGCGCGCGUUGCAUCCGCAUGCGAUUGAGGUGGUGUUGAAGGGGGUGCCGGCCGAAGUGACGUCGGAUGUCAUCAGCAGCCUGUUGGUGGAAGUGAAGCUUAUGAAGAGGGGGAAGACAGCAUACAAGGAGGGUUUCGGUUUCCACCGUGUUCAGGAUCCGGUCACUGGACUGGAUACGGACAAGGAUGCUUGCGAGAAGGCGCAUGGUGCCAGUUUCGAACUUGCUGCUGCUCAUGUUGCGUCCAUCCGUCACAAGAUGAACCGCUCCAAGGCAAGAGCUGCCUCUCGUGCAAGCAAAGGAGCCCUCGGUGCUGCUGUCCUGAAGAAGGAGUUUUUCAAGUGCUGA